AUGUGUGCGUGUGCGCGCACCGCUCUCCGCCGCCUCGCAAAAGUUUGCCCGGGCGGCCGGGGGGCUCCCGGGCCGCCGCCCCCGCAGCCGGGGGGCGCCGCGGCGGCGCGCCGGGCCAUGCCGCCGGCGCGGGGGGCUGCGCGCCGGGGCCUGCCGGGGCUGCUGCUGCCGCCGCUGCUGCUGCUGCCGCUGCUGCUGCCGCCGCUGCCCGCGGCCGCCGACGCCAAGGCGCGGAGCUGCGGCGAGGUGCGGCAGGCGUACAGCGCCAAGGGCUUCAGCUUGGCCAGCGUGCCCUACCAGGAGAUCGCAGGGGAACAUUUGAGAAUCUGCCCUCAGGAAUAUACGUGUUGCACCUCAGAAAUGGAGGACAAGUUAAGCCAGCAGAGCAAACUGGAGUUUGAAAACUUAGUGGAGGAAACAAGUCACUUUGUACGCACUACUUUUGUGUCCCGGCACAAGAAGUUUGACGAAUUUUUCCGAGAACUUCUGGAGAACGCAGAAAAGUCCCUCAAUGACAUGUUUGUUCGGACGUAUGGAAUGCUGUACAUGCAGAACUCAGAAGUGUUCCAGGAUCUCUUUACAGAACUGAAACGAUAUUAUACAGGAGGCAAUGUGAACUUGGAGGAAAUGCUGAAUGAUUUCUGGGCUCGACUACUGGAGCGGAUGUUCCAGCUCAUAAACCCCCAGUAUCAUUUCACUGAGGACUACUUGGAGUGUGUAAGCAAGUACACAGACCAGCUGAAACCAUUUGGAGAUGUACCAAGGAAGCUGAAGGUUCAAGUGACUAGAGCUUUCAUUGCUGCACGGACCUUUGUUCAGGGGCUGACUGUAGGCAGAGAGGUUGCAAACAGAGUAUCCAAGGUCAGUCCCACUCCAGGGUGCAUCCGGGCGCUAAUGAAGAUGUUGUACUGCCCUUACUGCAGAGGACUUCCCACUGUGAAACCUUGCAACAACUAUUGCCUCAAUGUAAUGAAGGGCUGCCUAGCAAAUCAGGCUGAUUUGGAUACUGAGUGGAAUCUGUUCAUAGAUGCUAUGCUUCUGGUAGCAGAGAGAUUAGAGGGACCAUUCAACAUUGAAUCAGUCAUGGAUCCUAUUGAUGUCAAGAUAUCUGAAGCCAUCAUGAACAUGCAAGAAAACAGCAUGCAGGUGUCAGCAAAGGUUUUCCAAGGAUGUGGCCAACCUAAACCAGCAUCUGCAAUGAGAUCAUCUCGUUCUGUCCCUGAGAACUUCAACACCCGGUUUAGACCUUAUAACCCAGAGGAGCGACCUACAACCGCUGCUGGCACAAGUUUGGAUAGGCUGAGGACUAUCUGGAGGACAAUGCAACAUGGUGUAACAGACAUUAAAGAAAAAUUAAAGCUCUCUAAAAAGUUUUGGUCAACGUUACCCUACACGAUCUGCAAAGAUGAACGCGUGACAGCUGGUUCAUCAAACGAGGAGGACUGCUGGAACGGCCACACCAAGGCAAGAUACUUGCCUGAGAUUAUGAAUGAUGGCUUGACUAACCAGAUCAACAAUCCAGAAGUAGAUGUGGACAUCACAAGGCCAGAUACCUUCAUUCGACAACAAAUCAUGGCCUUACGCGUCAUGACUAACAAACUGAAGAAUGCAUAUAAUGGAAAUGAUGUCAACUUCCAGGAUACAAGUGAUGAAACCAGCGGCUCAGGAAGCGGAAGUGGCUGUACAGAUGACAUCUGUCCCACCGAGUUUGAUUUUGUCACAACUGAAGCUCCACCUGUCGACUCGGACAGGAGGGAGGUGGAGGCCUCGGCCACCCAGCCUAGCCAAUCCCUGCCUACAUUGCUCAUCAUCUUCAUCAUCCUUGUACUACAGAGACAGUGGAGAUAAUCCUGGAUCUGGUUGGAGAAACUGUGUUUUAGCUACAAAAACAGCCAACUUUCUUCUUUUCUUAUAUUCUUGGACAGUGGACCAUGCCACAAAUACUUACAGUUUUUUAUGAGAAGAGAGCAGUACUGCAACCUGCUUCCCUUUUUGUUUUCCCAAAGAGUACCAGGUGCCAGACUGAACUGCUUCCUGUUUUUUUCAGAUAUCUCUGAAGACAAUAUCCACUCUUGAGAUAAUUCUUUCUCAAAUCUUUAUUACAGGAGACUUUCUGAGCUUCAUUUCCUUUUAUGCUGCAGAAGUAAAAGGAUCUUAC